CACCCCUCCCUACCUCCCUCACAUGUCCGUCCUCCGAACCCAACCCAAGUGAAGUGCACCUCUCCUCCUUGGCGGUGGUGAAAGGAAGAAAGCCCCCGUCCGGUCCAUCGAUCCCCUAGAAAAGAGCAAACCGAGCCCCGAACAGGCAAAAGAAACGCCACGCUAGGGGCGCGGAGCGGCCAGCGCCGAGCACCAAACGGAAAGGAAGGAAUCCUUUCCUCCUCGUCCUCCUCCUCUCUCUUUCUUCCUUCCAUUCGCACCCACUCUCUCUCUCUGCCCUCGCCACCAACUCCGCUUCUUCCCUACCACGCUGACGCAGCAGCCAGCAGCGCCGGUUUCCUUCCUCCCUCCGUCCCGUCCUCGCUCGCUCUCUUUCUCUGCAUCGCAGGCGUACCGAAAAUAACUCUGGUACUCUGGUGGCGGAGUGGUAAAACCUAAAGCGGGCGAGCGAGUGAACAGUGGAGGCAGCGGCAGCGGCAGGGGUGGAGGUGAGGUGGUUCCCUCUCCGCCCGCCCGUCUCGGCAAUUAUUGCCACCUUUGGAGUUUGGAGUCCUCCAAUAGGAGUCUCCUCCUGUGUUGUCUGCAACCACUGUCCUCCCCCUUCCCUCCCCCCUCAUCGCCCUCUCUCUCCGCCCAUCUCCAACUCUCUCUCAUCGGGGUUGGUGCUGCCGCUGAGGCUAGCUCUCCUCUUCUUCACUCACUCUCCACUGUUCUCUUCCUUGUCCGCCCGCCCAUCCGUCCUCCGUCCUCGCUUUAAAGCUCAGACCGCCCCGGCAAGCAAGCUAGCAGUAGCACUAGACCAGUAGCUCCUCUCCUCUCCCUGGUGGUGGUGGUGGUGGUGGGUGGUCUGGCUCCGCCAUACUUAAUUGCAUGCUCCUGCUUUGAUCUCUCCGUCCGUCCCGCGAGCCGCAUCGAUCCGUCGAUCUCACUUUUCUCUCCCGUCCUCCCAAGCUCUUGCUUCCAAUCAACUCCUCUUGCUGGUGCGGUGCUUACUGUACUCUCUCCCUCUUCCUCUUCCUAGGCGAGGACCGAGGAGAGGGGUGGGCGGUUCUUGUCUGCGUACGGCCCAGAAAGCCUUUUUAAGCCCCGCCAUUUCUUGAUCGUCGCCGGCACAAGCAAGCUCCCCGGGCCGGGCCGUGCAGGCGAGGAAUUCUCUGAACACAGAGAUACGUACUUGCGUGCGUGCGUACGUGUGUAUUUGGCAUGGAUUCUUGGGAGCACAAGAUGCCUUCGUGGGACCUCGGCACGGUGGUCGCGCCGAGCGGCGGCGGGGGAGGAGGAGGCGGCGGCGCGCUGGACCUGAAGCUCGGCGCGCCGACGAGCUGGAGGCCGGUCCCGGCGGCGGCGGUGGCAUCGGUGCAGCAGCAGCAGCAGCCGCCGCCGCCUUCCGCGGCGCCGGCGCCGGCGAAGCGGGCCAGGGCGGGGCAGGGGCAGCAGACGGUGCCGCCGUGCUCCGUGGAGGGGUGCACGGCCGACCUGUCCCGGUGCCGCGAGUACCACCGCCGGCACAAGGUCUGCGAGGCGCACUCCAAGACGCCCGUCGUCGCCGUCGCCGGCCAGCAGCAGCGCUUCUGCCAGCAGUGCAGCAGGUUCCAUUUGCUCGGGGAGUUCGACGAGGUGAAGAGGAGCUGCAGGAAGCGGCUCGACGGCCACAACCGCCGCCGCCGGAAGCCGCAGCCGGAUCCCCUCAACCCUGCCGGCUUGUUCGCUAAUCACCACGGAGUGACUAGAUUUGCGUCGUACCCGCAAAUCUUCUCCCCGACGUCCAUGGCGGAGCCCAAGUGGCCCGGCGGCAUCGCCGUGAAGACGGAGGCCGACGCGUUCCACGAGCAGUACUACUCCUUCAGCGGCGCCGCCUCCCUCUUCCACCACGGCAAGCCGGAGAGGAAGCACUUCCCCUUCCUGACCGACGGCGGCGGCGAGGCCGCGUUCGGCUGCCAGCCGCCGGCCUUCACCAUCACCCCUUCCUCGGAGAGCAGCAGCAACAGCAGCCGGCACAGCAACGGCAAGACCACCAUGUUCGCCCACGACGGGGGCCCGGACCACAACUGUGCUCUCUCUCUUCUGUCAGACAGCCCGGCGCCGGCGCACAUCAUGGUCCCCGCGGAGGCGCAUCAUCUCGGCGGCGGCGGCGUGACGAUACAGUACGGCGGUGGAGGCGGCGGCAAGGUGGCGCGGCUGUCCAGCAACGGCGACGUCUCGCUCACCGGGCUGUCUUACGUGAGCCUGGGAGACAAGGGCGCGGCCAUGUUGCACGCGUCUAACAGAUCACAGCACGCCGCUGCUACCGCUACCACUGCCGUCACUACCAGCACAGCGGCGGCUCCGGCUGCAUCCCAGCUCCAGCAGCAGUACCAUGGAUACUACCACCACCAACACCAAGUGAGCGCCGAUCAGGGGAACCACCCGGACGCAGGUGGGAUGCACGCCCUACCCUUCUCGUCAUGGUAGUCGUCUCAUCAGUCAGACUCAGAUCCUAGGCAGUUGGUGUUGGUUAUCAAUCAUCAAAUAUGUCCAAUGAUAGUGUUAGCCCUGAUGAUCCGCAUGAAAUCACCCAAGAUAUGUCCAUUUUGCAACUUCUCUUGAUACUCCUAACUUAUGGAAAUUCCCCCUGCUUAUGAUUCAGAAUUGGACUACGACGAUUCUAUUUUGUUGUAUCGGUUGGUUUGUUCA